AUGGAAAACCUCGCGGAGAACGACAUGCUUGUCGACGAUUAUGAUCAGUAUCCUGCCGAAAAGACCGAUGUCGUCGUCGUCUCCCGGUCCGGGUCCGAUGAGCCCGAGUCCGCACCGACCGCAGAUGACCACGCGGCUAUGAUGGCUAAGGUUCUUCCUCACAACCCGGACCUCGAAACCCUAGACGAGGCCUACAACUCAUGGCGCCUGUCAGACUGGCGGAAGAUGGAUCGCAAAUCACACGGACCUAUCUUCCAGUGUGGUGGCUCCCCGUGGCGCAUCCUCUUCUUCCCCUACGGCAAUCAGACCGAGUAUGCUUCAUUUUACCUCGAACACGCGUGGGAAGGCGAACCCCCGGAGAACUGGUACGCCUGUGUGCAGUUCGCGCUAGUGUUGUCGAAUGUGAACGAUCCUUCCAUUUACACACACCACGUCGCAACCCACCGGUUCACGGCCGAGGAGGGUGAUUGGGGUUUCACCAGAUUCUCCGACCUUAAGGCCCUGUUUAGUCAUGCGUGGGAGGGCAAAAGCGUCCCGUUGGUGCAGGAUGAUGAGGCCAUUGUCACCGCCUAUGUUCGUGUUGUGAAAGAUCCCACAGGCGUCCUGUGGCAUAGUUUCCAAAACUACGACUCCAAGAAGGAGACCGGAAUGGUGGGAUUGAGGAAUCAGGGAGCUACAUGCUACUUGAACUCACUCUUGCAGUCGCUCUAUUUCACAAAUGCUUUCCGCAAGGCUGUGUAUCAAAUACCGACCGACCAGGAAGCUUCCCGCGAGAACAGCGCGUGGGCCCUUCAGAGGCUCUUCUUCAAUUUGCAGACAAAUGAAACUGCUGUUUCCACGACUGAGCUCACACAAUCCUUUGGCUGGCAAUCUAGUCAGAUUUUUGAACAGCAAGAUGUACAGGAGCUUUCAAGAAAGCUUAUGGAACGGUUGGAACACAAGAUGAAAGACACUGUUGCUGAAAAGGUUUUGCCAGAUCUGUUCGUUGGGAAAACAAAGACAUACAUUUCUUGCAUCAAUGUCGAUUACGAGUCUUCUCGCGUAGAAGACUUUUGGGAUAUUCAGCUCAAUGUUCGCGGUAAUAAGACCCUGGAUGACAGCUUCAGAGAUUACAUCCAGGUUGAAACAUUGGAAGGAGAAAACAAAUACGAAGCUGGACAACCAUAUGGCCUGCAAGACGCUAAGAAGGGCGUCAUUUUCGAGAGUUUCCCUCCCGUGUUGCAUCUUCACCUCAAGCGUUUCGAAUACGACCUUAACCUCGACAUGAUGGCUAAGGUCAACGAUUAUCACACAUUCCCUAUGGAGUUCGAUGCUGCUCCUUAUCUUUCCGAGAGCGCCGAUAAGUCUGAGUCUUGGGUUUACCAAUUGCACGGCGUGCUCGUGCACAGCGGUAACCUUGAUGCUGGGCAUUACUAUGCAUUCCUCAAGCCCACAAAGGAUGGACACUGGUAUCGCUUCGACGACGACCGAGUCAACCGAGCUACUGAAAAGGAAGUUCUGGAUGAGAACUACGGAGACUCUCAGCAACGCACGAAUGGAGUCACCGGAGGCCGAUCCGCCAUCCGCACAAACAACGCCUACAUGUUGGUUUAUGUCAGGAAAACGAAACAGGACGAUGUGUUUUUCCCCGUCACCAAGGAUGAUGUGCCCUCUCACAUUGAGAAGCGAUUGUCCGAAGAUCGGGCGGAGCUGCUGCGUCGAAAGAAGGAGAGAGAAGAAGCACACCUCUACAUGAACGUUGGCGUCCUGAACGAUGAUUCGUUCAAAAACCACCACGGCUUUGAUCUCACUAGUAAUGACCUACCUGCGGAGGAUCCCGCACUUCCUAAGCAAUACAAGGUCCUGCGUGCCAAGAAAGUCAAAGAAUUUGCACAAGAAAUUGCCGAUGAAAGAGGCCUCAAGGCGGAAUCCAUUCGAUUCUGGGUCAUGGUCAAUCGCCAGAACAAGACCACCCGACCCGAUCAGGUGAUCCGGGAUCAAGGAAUGACCCUGGAAGAGGCAUACACCAAAUUCGGCACGAAAGGCCAGCUUUUCCGGUUGUGGAUGGAGGUGGCAUCGACCGGUGCAGAUGGACAGCCUAUUCCAUGGCCUGAUAGUGAUUCAAUCGUCGUUUUCCUGAAGAACUUUGACAUCACAGCCCAAACCUUGACUGGUGUUGGUUCUGUCUACGUCAACAAGACCCAAAAAGUGAGCGAGCUGGCCCCAACAAUUCUCUCCAGGAUGGAUUGGCCUGCGGGUACAGAGUUCAUGCUCUUUGAAGAGAUCAAGCAUAACAUGAUCGACGUUAUGAAACCCAAGCAGACGUUCCAGCAAUCCGAAAUUCAGGACGGCGACAUCAUCACCUUCCAGCGAACAAUCAAGGAAUCGGAACUGCCAGCCGCGGCACUUUACACAGAUGCCCGGCAAUUCUAUGACUACCUUCUGAAUCGCAUGGAAGUCCAAUUUGCCCCAAUCAAGACGAACGAAGGGGACACCUUUUCUUUGGCUCUCAGCCGCAAGAUGACAUAUGACCAGUUCGCAAAGAAGGUUGGUGAGCAUCUCCAGGUGGACGAGACUCAUCUUCGAUUCGCGCCCGUGAUGGCCAAUACCGGCAAGGCCAAGCCUUUCCUAAAGCGAAACAUCAACCAGAGCCUUUCUCAAAUCCUCAACGGUCAAUAUGGUGCUUAUGGGUACACUAUGCACCGAGCAGACGCUUUGUACUAUGAGAUCCUAGAUAUGAGCUUGAGUGACUAUGAGAGCAAGAAAAAUUUCAAAGUGACAUGGCUCCCAGAUGGUAUUGCCAAAGAGGAGAAUGUGGAGGUCUUGGUUUCCCGCAGCGGCACCGUGGCAGAUCUUCUGUCAGCAUUGCGGCAAAAGUUAGAAUUGGGUGAUGAGCAGAUCCGGGUGGCCGAAACCCACAGUGGAAAGGUUUACAAGGAGCUUCGAGAAGAACAGAACGUCGCUGUCAUCAACGAGUACGCCACACUCUACGCCGAAAAGAUUCCAACGGAAGAGUUGAAAUUGGAUGCCGAGGAUCGCGUAAUUAGCGUAUUCAGCUUCGAUCGCGAGCCCAACCGGACACACGGAAUUCCAUUCAAGUUUGUUGUGAAGCCCGGAGAACUUUUCGCGGAGACCAAGAAGCGUCUUUCGGCACGCACACAGAUCAAAGGCAAGAACUUCGAGAAGAUCAAGUUCGCCGUGGUCCCCCGUACAUCCUUCUCGAGCGCAAAGUAUCUCGAAGAUGGUGAUAUCUUGUCGGAUGUAGCAGCUGGCGCUGAUGAUUAUCUGGGUCUUGACCAUGCCAACAAGAGUCGGAGCUUCUGGGGCAAGAGUGAUGGAUUCUCCAUUCGUUAA